AUGAUGGAAACGGUUUUAGAGCUGCUUAUAUAUAUUCUAGAAGACCUGGAACAAUACUAUCUGAAAAGAUUUAGGAGUCUCUUAAAACAACAUGAAGCCAUUCGAGCUGGUAAACUGGAGAAUGCUGAUGCCACUGAUAUAGUGAAUAUAAUGUUAAAGUGUUUUGGAGAAGAAGAAGCUGUGAAGAUCACACUGAACAUCCUGAGGAAGAUUAACCAGAAUCAGCUGGCUGAAGAGUUACAGGACAAGUACACUGAAGUACAAAAGUCAUUAAAAGAAGCUGAGAAAGACGGAAGAAAACAAGAUGAUUUAUGGGUGCAGGGAUUCUUGGAAACUCACAAACUUAACAUGAAGAAGAAAGUAGAACACAUUUUUGAGUGUAAAGAGGAAAAUGAAGCACAUCUAAAGGAUGUUUUCACAGAACUCUUUAUUACGGAGGGGGAUCUUAAAGAAGUCAAUCAAGAACAUGAGAUUCGGCAGAUUGAUGACACCAUUAAACCCCGUAAAUCACAGAACCGUUCAAUCAAAUGCAAUGAUGUAUUUAGUCUGAACAAAAGUGAAAAGAAAAAGAUUGUUCUGACCAAAGGCAUCGCUGGCAUUGGAAAAACUGUCUUAGUGCACAGGUUCAUUCUGGACUGGGCAGAAAAAAAAGCUAAUCAGGAUAUAGACUGUGUUUUCCUGCUUCCAUUUCGAAAGAUUAACUGCAUUAAAGACAGAAAUUUCAGUCUGCAUGAGUUUCUACAGAGAUUUAAUCCUGAACUGAAGGACCUGAAAACAGCACAGAUACGUAAGAUAUAUAGUUGUAAGCUUGCGUUUAUCUUUGAUGGACUGGAUGAGAGUCGACUCCCUUUGGAUUUUGACUGUAAAAUUGAAAGCUGUGUUGAGGAGCGAUCAUCUAUAGAUCAACUGUUUACAAGUCUGGUAAAUGGGACUCUGCUUCCAUCAGCUCGCAUCUGGGUGACCUCACGACCAGCAGCAGCCAAUCAGAUCCCUCUUGAGUAUGUGUUAUUCACGGAAGUGAAAGGAUUCACUGACCAGCAGAAGGAUGAUUAUUUCAAAAAGAGAAUCAAAGAUGAGAUUCAGGCCUCCAGAAUGAUCUCACACAUUAAGAAAUCUCGUUGUCUCUACAUCAUGUGUUACAUUCCCAUGUUCUGUUGGAUCAUAGCCACUGUUCUUCGGGACAUCCCCAUUGGUAACGAUGCAGAGAACAUCAACACAACACUCACUGAAAUGUACAUCCACUUCCUGCUGAUACAAAUGAACAUGAAGAGCCAGAAGUGUGACAGAAAAACAGAAAGAGAACGAACCAACCUUUUGGAUUCCAAUAAAACAAUGAUUUUGAAGUUAGCCAAGCUAGCGUUUGAACAGCUGAAGAAAGAAAACUAUGUGUUCUAUGUUGAAGAUCUAAAAGCAUGUGGUAUUGAAGUGAGUGAAGACUUUGAGUCCACAGGAAUGCUAACUGAGAUCUUUCAGCAAGAAGCUGGACUUCAUGAGAUGAAGGUCUUCUGCUUCGUGCAUCUGAGUGUUCAAGAGUUCUUUGCUGCAGUGCAUGUGUUUCUCUGCUACCUGAACAAGAACAUGGACGAGCUACAGUUUUUCUUUGAAGAAACCCAAAACUGUUUCUCAAAAACUAAAAAACUAAAGAAAAAACUUCUUUCUCCUUUUAAAACAGACAACCCCCACAAAAAUAUUCUCUUGCAUGAUUUACUAAAGAAGGCUGUUGAGAAAGCAAUUCAAAGUCAGAAAGGACAUUUAGACCUAUUUUUACGGUUUCUGCUGGGCAUUUCACUGAAAUCAAAUCAGAACCUGCUCCGAGGCCUGAUCUCACAAAUAGAAGACAGCAAAGACAGCGUCACAGAAACAACCAAACACAUUACAGAACAAUUACAAAACCGGGAUAUCUCACCUGAAACUUCAGUAAACCUGUUCUAUGGCUUACUGGAGCUCAAUGACAAAUCAUUAUAUACAGAAAUCCAGCGAUACUUCAGAUCAACUCCAGAAAGAAGACUCUCGUCUUCCAUGUGCUCAUUGAUGGCUUACGUAUUGCUGAUGUCAAAGACGGUGCUGGAUGAGCUCGACCUGAAGAUGUACAAGACAUCAGGGGGAAGCCAAUUGAAUCUCCUGCCAGCUGUAAGAUGCUGCAGAAAAGCCAUACUCUCCUCAUGUGCACUUGAUGACACCUGCUGUGAAACUGUGGCUUUGGCCCUGCAGAUACCAAACUCACCCCUGAUAGAGCUGGACAUGAGUGACAAUGAGCUGCAGAAUUCAGGAGUGAAGCUGCUCUCUGAUGGACUGAAGAGCCCAAACUGUCAGCUGAAUACACUGAGGUUGGCAAAUUGUAAUCUCACUGAUCAGUGCUGUGAAAUCAGUCUGGCAUCAGUUCUACAAUCAUCAAACUCCCAUCUGAUAGAGCUGGACAUGAGUGGCAAUGAGUUGUAUGAUUCAGGGGUGAAGCUGCUCUCUGAUGGACUGAACAGCCCAAACUGUCAGCUGAAGAAACUGAGUUUGAAAGACUGUUAUCUCACUGGUCAGUGCUGUGAAUUUGUGGCAUCACUUCUCCAAUCAUCAAACUCCCAUUUGAUAGAGCUGGACAUGAGUGGCAAUAAGUUGCAUGAUUCUGGAGUGAAGCUGCUCUCUGAUGGACAAAAGAGCCCAAACUGUCAGCUAAAGAUACUGAGAUUGGCUGGCUGUAGACUCACUGGUCAGUGCUGUGGAUAUGUGGCAUCAGUUCUACAAUCCUCAAACUCCCGUCUGAUAGAGCUGGACAUGAGGGACAAUGGCCUGCAGGAUUCAGGAGUGAAGCUGCUCUCUGAUGGACUGAAGAGCCCAAACUGUCAGCUGAAGAAACUGAGAUUGGCAGGCUGUAUACUCACUUGUCAGUGCUGUGAAUAUGUGGCAUCAGUUCUACAAUCUUCAAACUCCUGUCUGAAAGAGCUGGACAUGAGUGUCAAUUCCCUGUGUGAUUCGGGUGUGAAACUGCUCUCUGAUGGACUGAAGAGCCCAAACUGUCAGCUGGAGAUACUGGGAUUAUCUAACUGUGAGAUCACAGAUGAAGGCUGCUGUUUUUUGGCUUCAGCUCUGCGUUCAAACCCCCCACACCUGAGAGAGCUGGAUCUUAGCGACAAUCGCACGGGAGAAUCAGGAGGCAAGAUGCUCUCUGAUCUACGGAAUGAUCCAAACUGCACACUGAACAAACUUAAGUUAACACCUUUGUGGUCUCACACUGGAUAAAAAACACAGCAAACACUUGUCUCAUUCUGUCUGAGGAGAACAUCAGUUCUAUCAUCAUCUUUCAGAGAGAUUUGAUGAGGAUCGUCAGAUUCUGUGUAGGCCGAUUGGAAUCACAGGUUGGCUGAAAUAUCACUUG